AAAUUUGUUGAUAGUUGUGGUAAUCUCAACUCAGCUUUUCAUAAAAAACAUUAUUAAUCCUAAAAUGAUAGAACUCGAAAAUAUUAAUUAAAAAAAAAGAUAUGAAAUUACAAUGUCAAAUUGAAGUUAUUAAUAGAGUACAUAGCAGUUUAAAUAUAAGGUCUAAUGGCAAAUAUUUAAAGUCUACGUUAGCUCUAGGAAAAGAACCGAAAAAUGAAAAUGAAUACUUUAUAUUGCACUUUUCUUCGAAUAAUAAAAAUGGCACGAAAUAUAAAUUGAAAUCUAUCAAACAAGUGUUUGUAAAGUGUAUAAAUGAAGGUAAAGCUACUAUAAGGUUUGAAGAGCCACCUCAUGACUUAUGUAUAAAAUGUGAAGUUAUACAGCUUAAAAGUUUUAUGAGACUACUUAAAUCGUGUAUUACCGGAGAUACAAAAGACCUAAAACUCUCAAAUUUAUCUUCACUCGCAAUAACAGCAAAUAAUAUUGCCCCAACAAAAUUAACUAUUCAUGAUCGGUCCGAAUUUCCUGCUAAGGGUCUGCCGAGAACGUUAGAAUCUUUACAUAUUGUUGGACUCAAAUUAUGCAACUUUCGACGAGAUAUUUUAUUACUUAGCCAUUUAGUUGUUCUUGAUUUAAGUAAUAAUGAAAUUGAAAAGAUACCUCCAGAGUUCGGAAGAUUACCAAGCAUUUCUGAGCUGUAUUUAGCAAAUAAUUGUCUCGGAGUGAAAGAUCAGAUAGACUGGAGGUGGCUUUUAGGUGUUCAGAUAACUAAAAAGCUUAAGCUUUUAGAUCUAAGUGGCAAUAAAAUAAAAGAACUACCAAAAAGUAUUUGGAAAUUGCAAAAUUUAAUAACUUUAAAGAUAGAUAACAAUAAUUUAAAGAGACUGCCUGCUUCCUUGGGACGUAUCAACACUUUGAGGUAUUUAACGGUAUCACAAAAUAGUUUGCAGUCCUUGCCAUGUGGACUGAUGCAAUGCCGACUUGAUUAUAUAGAUUUAUCAGCAAACAUGUUUGUGCCCGGAAAUGGUACUUUGAAAACUGGCAAUUACUCUCAAUGGGAAUUUUACGUAAACAGCUUAGUACAUAUUGCUUCUAAGGUAGUUUUAAACAAGAAAUUAUUCUAUGCACCCAACAUAAUACCUCGGACAUUGGUUGAGUUGUUAGAUAAUGCCAAUAUAUGUGUAUGUGGUAAGUCAGUUUUAAAUCACUCUUAUUUUAUUAUCAAAGAAUUUCAACUAAAGGAUUUGUAUAGAGUUGUAGUCUUUAAUAAUAAUCAUAGUUGUGCUGUCGGUUUCGAGUGUUACUUUUGUUCUCCUAAGUGCUUUAUGAAAUGAUUAUAUUUUGUAUAUUAUUCAGUAACAUUAUUUAUUAUUAAGUCUAAUUUUGUAAACAAAUAAAUGCUAAUUAUUUUC